UUGUGUGAUAUAAAGACUUUGAGAGGGGUGUUACUAUCUUAUAUAAAGCUGUGAACGGGGAGACAUAAAACACUUCAACUUGCAUUUUGACAAGAAGACUUCUGUCAGCAUGGUACGUACCCUAACCCACAUAAUUUAGUAAGGACCCUAGAGUAGGGCCUCUCUGUUAUGAGAGAUUAUAAGUUAUUACGUAUCACAUGUGAAAUGAUAUCAGUUAUGAAUUGGCUUUAUUAUUUCAACUUUAAUAUCAGACGUUUAUUAAUAAGUAUUUAAUAAGUAAAUAUGUGAGCGCUGUGUGUGUGUGAGCGCUGUGUUGAGUCUGUCAGUGAACGCUGAGGGCCUAUUGAAACAACCUAACCCUAACCCUAACCCUAACGCACUAAAAUCACCCGCACAGGUCUCAUUCACCACCAAUUGAAUGUUCCUUAAAGCAGAUGUCAGGUUUCACUUUUAGUCCUGAUCGUUGCCAACAUUUUGAAAGAAUAUUUCACCCCCGGUGGGUAUUAUCAUGGGACCCAAUGAAUCCUGCUUUUUAGGGGCGAAUUAUCUAUUUGACAAUCAUUCCGUAUAACUGAAAUAAAGUAUUUCCUCGUUGACGUUGGCAAAUCUACUGUGGCAAUUCACCUUGUAUGACUGGAAACUGUAUACUAAAUACUAUACAAAUACUGUUGGCUUAUUAUUAUUUAUUUUUUGUUUCCAAUUUAUGUAAUCCAUCUAUAAAAAUAAUGUUUUCGUAAAAAAAGAUCGUCAUUUCUUAUCAAGAUCAGGGGAACGUAUCCCUGGACGGUCCAUUUUUGAAAUGUGUAACUAAGGGCUGGAUUCAAUCCGUAUUGCCGAAGUAUCGCGGAAAAUCAAGUAACAUUUUUAAGGUACACUACCUGUCAAAAGUUUUAGAACACCUUCUCAUUCAAGGGUUUUUCUUUAUUUUACAAUGUUUUACAUUGUAGAAUAAUAGUGAAGACAUCAAAACUAGGAAAUAACACAUAUGGAAUCAUGUAGUAACCAAAAAAGUGUUAAACAAAUCAAAAUAUAUUUUAUAGCCACCCUUUGUCUUGAUGACAGCUUUGCACACUCUUGGCAUUCUCUCAACAAGCUUCACCUGGAAUGCUUUUCCAACAGUCUUGAAGGAGUUCCCACAUAUGCUGAGCACUUGUUGGCUGCUUUUCCUUCACUCUGCCGUCCGACUCAACCCAAACCAUCUCAAUUAGGUUGAGGUCGGGGGAUUGUGGAGGCCAGGUCAUCUGAUGCAGCACUCCAUCACUCUCCUUCUUGGUAAAAUAGCCCUUACACAGCCUGGAGGUGUGUUGGGUCAUUGUCCUGCUGAAAACAAAUGAUAGUCCCACUAAGCCCAAACCAGAUGGGAUGGCUUAUCGCUGCAGAAUACUGUGGUAGCCAUGCUGGUUAAGUGUGCCUUGAAUUCUCAAUAAAUCACAGACAGUGUCACCAGCAAGGCACCCCCACACCAUAACACCUCCUCCUCCAUGAUUUACGGUGGGAAAUACACAUGCGGAGAUCAUCCGUUCACCCACACCGUGUCUCACAAAGACACAGUGGUUGGAACCAAAAAUCUCCAAUUUAGACUCCAGACCAAAGGACAAAUAUCCACCGGUCUAAUGUCCAUUGCUCGUGUUUCUUGGCCCAAGCAAGUCUCUUCUUAUUAUUGGUGUCCUUUCGACCAUGAAGGCCUGAUUCACACAGUCUCCUCUGAACAGCUGAUGUUGAGAUGUGACUGUUACUUGAACUCUGUGAAGCAUUUAUUUGGGCUGCAAUUUCUUAGGCUGGUAACACUAAUGAACUUAUUCUCUGCAGCAUAGGUAACUUUGGGUCUUCCAUUCCUCAUGAGAGCCAGUUUCAUCAUAGCGCUUGAUGGUUUUUGCGACUGCACUAAAAGUUAUUGAAAUGUUCCGUAUUGACUGACCUUCAUGCCUUAAAGUAAUGAUGGACUGUCGUUUCUCUUUGCUUUUUUGAGCUGUUCUUGCCCCCCCCACCUUGUCACAACACAACUGAUUGGCUCAAAUGCAUUAAGAAGGAAAGAAAUUCCACAAAUUAACUUUUAAGAAAGCACACCUGUUAAUUGAAAUGCAUUCCAUGUGACUACCUCAUGAAGCUGGUUGAGAGAAUGCCAAGAGUGUGCAAAGCUGUCAUCAAAGCAAAGGGUGGCUAUUUGAAGAAUCUCAAAUAUAAAAUAUAUUUUCAUUUGUUUAACACUUUUUCGGUUAGUACAUGAUUCCCUAUGUGUUAUUUCAUAGUUUUGAUGUCUUCACUAUUAUUAUACAAUGUAGAAAAUAGUAAAAAUAAAGAAAAACCCUUGAAUGAGAAGGUGUUCUAAAACUUUUGACUGGUAGUCUAAUUUCCGAUUGAGCCGACAUAUGCAGCAUGAAUGCAGUCUCCGUGACCACGGGAACAUUGUUUAUAACUGUCUAUCGCGCUGUAACGCUGAUUUUCCGCGAUACGGAAGGAAUAGAGCCCUAAAUCAAGUCUAAGUAUUUUUACAUUCAUCUGCCUUACGGUUUCCGAUGCUCCUGAUAGGUCAAUAUUUCAUUGGGGGCAGGAGUAGGGAACCUAGAUGCAGCUGUCUGGUAUCAUAAUCACUUGACACAAUAACAAUGAGACCAACUGAUCUGUUAGUUUAUUAUUGUGGGUUUUUGGUUGCAAGCAAGUUUGUUUUAUCAUGCAGGUGAAUGUAAUCUCCCGUCAGUAGCAUUUUAAAGGGAUCAUUCGGGAUUUUGGCAAUGAAGCCCUUUAUCUACUCCCUCAGAGUGAACUCGUAGCCCUUUAUCUACUCGAUAUAAUAUUUAACUAACCCUAACCCCAAUGAAGCCCUUUAUCUACUCCCUCAGAGUGAACUCGUGGAUAUAAUAUUUAACGAAAGAAAUCCAGCGCUAACCUGCAGGAGCGCGCAAAAUUAUUUAGUGUUUGUUGCAAUCGACCAAUCGUGUGUCUGUUUCAGGGUUCUCUCGUCCGUGUGGUAGUGUGUGUUCUGGCGUUGGUGGUCGUGUGCCGAGCUCAAUGCUUCUUCCAGGGGCUGGAGACCAAAGACUCCAAGACUCCUCCACCAAAGGGUGAGUCUAGUACUAUACUACCACAAUAUUACUACAAUACUUUUACAAUACUAUUACAAUACUAUUACAAUACUAUUACAAUACUAUUACAAUACUAUUACAAUACUAUUACAAUACUACUACAAUACUAUUACAAUGUUAAUUCGACAGUAAUGUUAGCACUGUAACCAGGAUAAGGAGGGUGUGAUGCUGUAUGCGUUAGGUCAUGUUGCUUAAACUGGUGAGUGUGUGUGUGUGUGUGUGUGUGUGUGUGUGUGUGUGUGUGUGUGUGUGUGUGUGUGUGUGUGUGUGUGUGUGUAGGGUGUGUGGAUAAGGAGGGAAAGCAGCAUGUGUUCGGUUCUUCAUGGGUGAAGGACUGCUACGACUGUUCCUGCUCCGAGGAAGGCAUUGGCUGCUGCAACAAGUAACACCAAAUAUCUCUUUCAAAUUCAAAUAAGCUUUAUUGGCAUGAGUAUAACCCUAUCUGUCUAUACUUCUCUGAGAGAUGCACUAGUUAUAUUGAGAGAUGGAACUCAGCAAACAAGAGCCUGAUUUGACCCCCCCUCUCGCUCUCUCUCGAUCUGUCUUCACCCCCUCUCUCUCUCCCCCUCUCUCUCUCCCCCUCUCCCUCUCUCUCUUUCUCCCUCUCCCUUUCUGUCUCCACCCCCCGCUCUCUCUCUCACCCUCGAUCUGUCUCCACCCCCACUCUCUCACCCCCUCUCCCUCCCAACCACCGCCCCUCUCUCUCCCUUUCUCUUUCUCUCUCCUCUCUCCUUCUACCUCUCCCUCUCUCCCUUCUACCUCUCCCCCUCUCCCUCUCUCCCGUCUUCCUUCUACCUCUCCCCCUCUCCCUUCUACCUCUCCUUCUCCCCCUCUCCCUUCUUCCUUUUCUCUCUCUGUCACCACCCACCUCUCUCCCCCCUCUCCCCCUCUCCCUUCUACCCUCCUUCUUCCUUCUACCUCUCCCCCUCUCCCUUCUACCUCUCCCUCUCUCCCGUCUUCCUUCUACCUCUCCCUCUCUCCCUCUCUCCCUUCUACCUCUCCCUCCUCCCGUCUCCUUCUACCUCUCCCCCUCUCCCUUCUCCCUUCUACCUCCCUCUCCUUUCGACCUCUCCCACCCAUCUCCCCCUCUCGCCUAUCUCCCUCACCCCCUCUCCCUUCUUCCGUCUCACCGUUCUCCCCUCUCCCUUUCAACCUUCACCCUCCCUCUCCUCCCGUCUUCCUGCUACCUCUCUCCUCGUUCGCCCCCUCUCCCUUUCCUACCUCACCCCCAUCUCCCGUCUUCCUUCUACCAUCUCUCUCCCUCUAACCUCCCUCUCCCUUCUACCUCUCACCCCUCUCCCCUUCUUCCUUCUACUCUCCCCCUCUCCCUUCUACCUCAACACCCCUCUCCCUUAUUCCUCUACCUCCCCCUCUCUCUUCCCCCUCCCUUCCUACCCUCUAAUCUUCUGCCUCUCCCUCUCUCCCGUAUUCCUUCGACCCUCGCCUCAGCUCUUCCACCCUGCGCUCCGCCUCCCCCCCUCUCCCCUCUCCCCCUCUCCCUUCUACCUAUCUUUCCAUCUCAGGAUCCCAACGGUGGUGAAUCUCCCUUCAGAGUGUGAGCUGGUGGUGGACAGAAACGCCUGCUCAUCCAGAGUGGUGAUGAGGUCAGACAAGACCAAGGACUGUGACCAAGGAACCAUCAGUAUGAUCUUAUAAAAACACGGUUUAAUGUACACACCAACAUAUAUAGAAGGAACUUACAUCAAAUAAAACAAGGCAAUAGUGAACAUGUCUAUGUUUAUUUGUUUAUUUGGAUCCCCAUUAGCUUUUUCAGAAGCAGCAGUUACUCUUCCUGGGUUCCACAAAAAAACACAAAACAUGACAAGUAACAAAACACUGAUACAUUGACAGAUAAGGACAGUAACACAAAUGUAAAAUCUAAUGAUAUACAAACAAUGCAACAAAAAAAUACAAACAAUACAAAAAAUGUUUUGUGUUAGUGUGUUUGUGUGUCGCCUUACAGUCCCUGCCGUUCCAUGAGUUGUUCUUUAAUCUGUUUUUUAAAUGUCAUUUUGAUGUUUGGAAGGGAGUUCCAUGCGAUCAUGGCUCUGUAUAAAACUGUGCGUUGCAUUUAAUUCGU